AUGUAUGUCCACCAAGUGACGUCAGAGCUCGAGCAGCGCGCUCUUGCGGAUGAACGCCUUGAAGGCCUCUCGCAACAGCACGGUGUUGAGACACAACAUGCGCAGCAGGCGGAGCGCGACCGCCGCUUGAGGUGGGCCCAGGAGAUGAUCAUUCAGAAUCCAGCUCUCUGCGCCGAGGUCUACUUCGCCAUGUCGAAGCAGCCGGCGUCCAGGAGGAGGGAAUCAAGCACGGCUGUGCCUCCGCCGGCGAGUAGCAGGAGUAACAGCAACAACUCGUCGUACCGCAACAGCCCUACCUAG